GUCAUGCACCGAUCGAACUUCCAUACUAAAUUAAAAGGAAAAAGAAGAAGAAGAAGAAGAAAGAAAGAGAGAAUGUCGGGAGCGGAGGUAGAGCCCCAUGACAAAAUGAAAUCAAGGGAUGUCAACAAAGUGGCCCGAGGCGAGCAAGCUCCUAGGCCUCCUCAUGAACAUGGUCAUGUCAGUAAAAUCCCUUCUCCUCCAGUUGAUAACAAACAUCGGCUUCAGGAAGACGAAGAUGAAUAUGAGUUGGAGGAUCCAGGAACUGCACCAGCCGAUGCCCGAUUUCCUUCCAUGAACCAGACACGCCAUUGCUACACUCGGUACCUUGAGUACCACAAGUGCAUCCAAGAAAAGGGCAAAGACGCUCCUGAAUGCGGCAAGUUCGCUAAGUACUACCGGUCAUUGUGUCCGGUUGAGUGGGUUGAGAGGUGGAAUGAGCAGAGAGAGAUGGGAACGUUUCCUGGGCCAAUUUAGGAACAGAACUGUGAAUUAGUAAAUGUGUAUAUAUAUAUUUUAUGUAUCUCAAUAAGAAAAGCAUUAAUUAGCACACUGAACUAGCCUACACCUCCUUUUCAUCACUUGAAUGGUUAUGAGAAGGAUAAUGCUUCUUAUAUGAUAUGAUUAUUAUUUUUAAUCAGUUUGGAUAAUUAAAUGAAGACCAUCAAUUUCAUGUUUA